AUGCCUACCUGGCUGGUCCACGGAUUUCGCUGGCCGCGCGCUCAAAUCCGAAUCCAUAUCAUUCUUCAGAACCUUGAUGAUGCAGCCCCGGAAUGGCUCAUGGCCCCUGCAACAACAGCAUGCAUGAUGAAGAAUUUCAAAGAACAAUGGCCGGCUGAGAUGGCGCAAUUACCCGACUUGCGCUUCAUUGAGCAAUACGACCCAGACGACCUUACUGUCAAGGAUCAACCCUAUGCUUACGUCUGCGACAUAGUGCACGAAGUCAAGCUCGGGGUGGAUGUGGACGAUAUAAGAGGUGCAGGCUUAGCAGAUGACCAAUGGGCAGCCCUUGCAGAAUUACGGGAUAAAAUUGCGGCGGAUCAGAAACUUGGCUGGUUCAUCGUGGUCAAUGGCGAUGUUGAAAGGUGGGCACCACCACUCGAGGACGACGAUGGUGACACUACACCGAAUGCCAGCCUCGUUAGUCCUACGAGUCAGAGAAGCAGCGUUGGCCAGGCAAACGGGAAACAAUCUCAGGAAAUCGAGCGCCCGUCCACAAGCAGGAGUCUGAAGAAGUGGUUUGGGGGCAAACUGAAGAAGACGAAGAGCGGGCGCAAUCUGAGGGCCGAUGCUAAAUCUGAACAACCGGUCGAGCCGGUCCCACCACUGCCAAAGAUGUCGCCCAGUGCUGCUCUGCAUGAUGCGCAGCCAUCGAGUGCGGCGAAUGACAAAUGA